UCCGCGAUGGGAUCCUUCGUCGGCCACGCAGUCCCGGGCACCUUCUUCUUCUUCUUCGGCAUGUGGUUCACGUACCGGAUGUUCCAGCGGUACUUCCUGUGCCAAGUGGCGGCGGCGGGAAGCGGGGGAGAGAAGUGCCGAAGCAGAUACCGGAACGUCUCGUCCUUCGCCUGCCCCGGGUGCCCCAGCCUCCCCCUCGAGGUCCUCAAGAUCGUCGCCGUCGUCGUCCGACGCAUGACAACCCUCCCUCCCACAGGGGAAUUCGCCACGGCCUUCGACGCGGGCAAGUUCACCCACAUCGGCAACGCGCAGCACAUGACCAUGUUCUUCUUCUUCGGGCUCAACGGGGUCAUGGACGUCCUCACCCACUACCGCAUCCCCGUGCCGCCCGACAUGGACUACGUGUCGGCCGUGCUGGCGUUCAGCAUGGAGGCGCUGCUCUUCUACUACCAUCUGCACGGCCGGAGUCAUAUGGAUGUGCAGGUCCAUAUGCUGCUGUUCUACGUCGUGCUGGCCUGCGCGGUGUCCACGGCCUUGGAGAUGUGCUACAAGAACAACGUCUUGCCCGCUCUCUGUCGGAGCUACUUCACGCUGCUGCAGGGCACUUGGUUCUACCAGAUCGGGUUCAUCCUGUACCCUCCGUGGGGCCCGACGUGGGACCAGGAGAACCACGGCCAGAUGAUGAUGGUGACGCUGUUCUUCACAUGGCACAACGCCACCAUCUUCGUCAUCAUGGCCCUGGCCGGCUCGCUCAUCUACCUGCGGGUGAAGGCGAAGGGGCCCGCGGCCAUGUACCACGGUCUCCACGGGCCCCUGCGCAUGCCCAAGAUGGAUGCCGAGCAAAUCAAGAAUAUGAUAGUCGACUCGGAAGAGGAGGAAGUCUAAGAUUCUCAGUUUAGGUGUUUUUUUCUUCUUUUUGUAGAUAUGUGUUAUUAUUUAGGUGAGAAAGAGAAAGAUGAGAGAAUAAAUGGCUUGCUAAAGUAAGGAAGCGGACGGUGCAUCUAAUUAAUGCACUUAAAAUGGAGAGCGUGGGGUGGGUGGUGUAUUUUCCUUAACUAAAGCGAAAAUCUGCGUGUCCUUUCGAUUUUGCACGGAUGGAGGCUCUGCUAGAUCUGCUGAAAACUAAAUCUACGAGACUUUUUAAGUCUUCUAAGAUACAGUUAAAAACAGUCUUACUACACGGAGAGCAUUGUAUCCGUAAUCCGGUCUGAAGCGGAAAAUGUGUAAUAUUUGUGGUCUUAUUGAUUUGAAUGAUAUGUUUCUUAUAUGAUAAUGUAGUAAUAAUCUGAAGAGCUUGUGAAAUCAUAGAAUGGAUGAAGGUAAAGAUUAUAAGUAUCAAGAUUCCAGCCUUGAAGAUCAAAUAUAACGAUAUUAAGAAAACCCGCGAUGUAAAACCACAACACCAGUUGUUUACAUACAUUCCUAUAUCGACUCGAACCUUAGAUUUAGAUUACAAUAAUCUAUUAUGUGUCAAAGAUGUUCAGAUGCACCUCUGUUUCUCUCGCACGUGGCAUCCCCCUUGUAUUUUAUAUGAUAAGGAGAAGGUUAAAAUGCAGUAGUUUUGAUAAAAAAAAAAAAAAAAAAAAACGGUUAUUCGAAAUAUGUAUUGACAAAGUGGUGAAGUGAGAGAGAUUGUCAUUAUCAUCCUAUUUCUUCUAUUGCUAUUAAUAUGAUUUUCUUUUCUCUUGUUAUGCUACGUACUUCAUAUACGAGUGUGUAUUUCUGAUUGACCCUUAUGGUUAACUGAAAUAGUGUACUUGGGUUUCAUCUCUAUUGUUACUAUCUUUUUGUUAUUUUUCUCAAUAUUAUGUUUUUUCUGUUUUG